CCGACUUCCAUAUACAGUAAAUAUUUAUCUUGCGCUCCAAUGAGAGCACCCCAUCCUCGAGAUGUCCAAACCGGUGCAUUCGAGACCGGAUCGGUGACAUGGUCUGAAUAGGACCAGAUAUUUAUAGUCGGCGGAAGACCAAUUCAUCACCAAGAAAGGUAUACCAGUCGAUUUGUAUAACAAGACUCUCGUUGAACCUCCACCUAGGCAGUUCCUAGCAAGUCCACAACAUGCUUGCCUCACUCCUCAUCCCCCUCCUUUUCAGCGCCCCAGCAGCUUAUGCCGCCCUCAACGUAACCGGUAGCACCUGCACGGUAACCCCCCUCCCCUCAACCGGUACCACGGACCCAGACGAUACACCCCAGAUCCUCCAAGCCUUCACCCAAUGUGGCAAGAACGGCAAAAUCAUCCUCGCCGAAGGUCUCUUCCACAUCGGCCAAAUCAUGCGUACAACCGAGUUCUCCAACGUCGACAUCGAAAUCCACGGGACGCUCAAAUGGUCCUCGGACAUCCAAUACUGGCUGCGCAGCAGCAUCUCAGUGACCUACGCGGGGCGCUCAACAGCGUGGCUGCUGGGCGGGACCGACAUUCGACUGCGGGGGUUUGGCAAAGCCUUGUUCGACGGCAAUGGACAGCUUUGGUACGACCAGAACCGGAACCAGGGGAACCAGAACGGGCGGCCGAUCAGUUUGACGCUGUGGAAUGCGCGGAAUGUGCUCGUGGACGGGAUUACGUGGCGGCAGAGUCAGUUCUGGCAUACGUUUGUGGCGCAUAGCGAGAAUGUGACCAUGACGAAUCUGGAUAUGAACUCGACGAGCAAUUCGCAGUGGAGCACGGUGAACACGGACGGGGUGGAUACGUGGAAUUCGAAGGAUGUUGUGAUUGCGAACUGGACGGUUACUUGUGGUGAUGUGAGUCGAAAGACACCCCCGACUAUAUUUUCAUUCUGGUCUUCCUUCCUAUUCCCAUAUCCUCUAAAUACUAACCCCCACCCCCAGGACUGCAUCUCCAUGAAAGGCAACAGUACCAACAUCUCCGUCUCCAAUGUCUCAUGCCACGAAUCUGGGUGCGCCUGCAUCGGCUCCCUGGGCUCGCAAGCCUCACAACCCGACUACGUCGAAAACGUCUCUUUCAACAACAUCUCCUGCACACAUAGCAGCAACGCGGCCUGGAUCAAGACCUAUUCCGGCACGGGCCGCGUUCGUAACAUCACCUUUGCCAAUUUUCAGUUGGACAACGUCAACCAGCCCGUGUACAUCACGCCCUGUAUUUAUACCGGCCAGGGAUGCGACACGAGCCGGUUGCCCAUUGAGGAUGUGCGCUGGGUCAAUAUUACGGGGACUAGUAGGUAUAAUGUUGCGGGCGGGAUACAUUGUAGUGCGAGUAACCCGUGUAAGAAUCUGACUAUGGAGAAUGUGAAUAUCAAGCCGAUGAGUGGUGGGACGACCAAGUGGCUGUGCUCCAAUAUUCAGAAUCAGGCGUCGUCGGGGAUUCCUUGCACGGAAAGCUGUCCAGCGAACUGGCCGCAGCAGUUGAGUGGAAAUCGAUAG